CGCUUUCUGUCUGUCUCUCCUGCAAGUCUAUGCGCCCUAUGGCAGAGUCUCUCCGUGGGGGAUGAAGAGGAAGCGCUCUGAGCUGCCACUGUUGACCUUGCCCUUCAGGGACGGCUCUUGCCUGUCUGUCUUGACAGAGCCACUGAGUUAUUUAGCAAAGUCUAAUUGACGAGAAGGGAUCGAGCUUCAUUCCGAAGGUCACUGUCUUUAAGGAUUACUUUGAAAACUGGGCUCUCCCUGCAGGCCACCAUUUCAUGAAGCCGUGCAACAUGCAGGCCUUCCCUGGGCGUGGACACGUGGCCCUCAGGUGUGGCACGUGGGCGAGCUCAGAGGCCUCCCUGCCCGCUGUUUUGUCUCUCAGACAACGGAGCCAGCGUGCAGGACGUGCUGGUGGAGAUGACAGAUCAGAGGACCGUGCCCAGCGUCUUUGUGAACCAGGUCCACGUGGGCGGGUGUGACCGCACGUUCCAGGCGCAUCGGAGCGGGCUGCUGCAGAAGCUCCUGCAGGAGGGUUCCCAGUACGACUACGACCUCGUCGUCAUCGGGGGCGGCUCUGGCGGGCUGGCGUGCGCGAAGGAAGCGGCCACCCUGGGGAGGAAAGUCAUGGUACUGGACUUCGUGGCGCCGUCGCCGCAGGGCACAUCCUGGGGUCUUGGUGGGACCUGCGUGAACGUAGGCUGCAUCCCUAAGAAGCUCAUGCACCAGGCCGCCCUGCUGGGCCAGGCGUUGUGCGACUCGAGGAAGUUUGGCUGGGAGUACAGCCAGCAAGUGAAGCACAGCUGGGAGAGAAUGACGGAGGCAGUUCAGAACCACAUCGGCUCCCUCAACUGGGGCCACCGGCUGUCCCUGCGGGAGAAGGGCGUGGCCUACGUCAACUCCUACGGGGAGUUCGUGGAGCACCAUAGGAUAAAGGCAACCAACAGAAAGGGGCAGGAGACGAAUUACACUGCUGCAAAGUUUGUCAUAGCGACGGGGGAGAGGCCGCGGUACCUGGGCAUCCCAGGGGACAGAGAGCACUGCAUCACCAGCGACGACCUGUUCUCCCUGCCCUACUGCCCCGGCCGGACGCUGGUGGUGGGCGCCUCCUACGUGGCUCUGGAGUGUGCGGGCUUCCUCGCGGGCGUGGGCUUGGACGUCACGGUGAUGGUGCGCUCCAUCCUCCUCCGUGGCUUCGACCGAGAGAUGGCAGAGAAAGUGGGCGCCUACAUGGAGCAGCACGGCGUGAGGUUCCUGAGGAAGUUCGUCCCCCUGGCGAUUCAGCAGUUGGAGAAAGGCUCCCCUGGAAAGCUAAAAGUGUUGGCCCAAUCCACGGAAGGACCGGAGACUGUCGAGGACGUGUUCAACACCGUCCUGCUAGCAGUCGGCCGCGACUCCUGCACAAAGAAUAUGGGCUUGGAGAAGAUCGGGGUCGAGGUCAGCCAGACGAGCGGCAGGGUCCCGGUGAGCGACGAGGAGCAGACCAACGUGCCGUAUGUCUAUGCCAUCGGGGACGUGGCGGAGGGCAGGCCCCAGCUCACCCCCGUCGCCACACGUGCAGGCAGGCUGCUCGCACGCCGGCUGUUCGGGGCCUCUACAGAGAAGUGUGACUACACCAACGUCCCGACCACCGUGUUCACGCCCCUGGAGUACGGCUGCUGUGGGCUGUCGGAGGAGGAGGCUGUCGAGGUGUACAAGAAAGAGAACCUAGAGGUGUAUCACACACUGUUCUGGCCCCUGGAGUGGACGGUCGCCGGCAGAGACCCUAACACCUGUUACGCCAAGAUCCUCUGCAGCAGACUGGACCGUGGCCGGGUGAUCGGGUUUCAUGUCCUCGGACCCAGUGCUGGCGAGGUUACCCAGGGCUUUGCAGCCGCAAUGAAGUGUGGGCUCACCAAGCAGCAGCUGGACGGCACCAUCGGGAUCCACCCCACCUGCGGGGAGGUGUUCACAACCUUGGACGCCACCAAGUCGUCGGGCCUGGACGCCGCCCAGGGCGCCUGCUGAGGCUAGGCCUGCUGCCGCCGUGCCCCUUGUCUCGUCACUCCCUCGGAGACACCCGCCCUACUGCUCCUGACAAGGGGCAAGGACGCCGGCUGGCAGCAGGCACUGCCUCGGUCCCUCUGACCGCGAGACGCAGCCACUGCUUCCUUGACGCCUCGGCUCGGAGCCGCGCUCGGGUGGGCCGAGGCCGAGCCCCGCGGGUCAGCACCGACUUCCCCAUGGUCAGCCCCGGUUCGCGUGCCGGGUCAGCCUGUGUUCUCACCCCUGUUUCUUGUUUUUGUGAAGACAUUUUCAGGUUAUGAGA